GAUCCCUCUGUCAGUUUCAAGUUGCGCCUUCUCCUCCGCCGUGGGGCUCCCAGCUCUGGCGUGGACGAGCGGCGCGGGCGAAAUUACACGCUAAUACUGUGGAUUUAACGAGACGGGGUGGAUCCACGAGCAGCCAUGGGCCCACUGGCGUGAAAUACGCGUGGAUUCUAAACACACAGCGGGCGCCGAGGAUGGAGAUGCCUGAAUCUGGGAGUUAAAGCCCCCUUCGCCGGAGAGAGCAUCUUUAAGGACCUGGGCUGGACCCAGAGACCCCUGCCUGGGCGGAGGGGGGUGAAGGGGCCCUGACAGCCCAGCGUGCCAGUCUGGACCAUGGGGGAUGGUGGCGCCGGUGCAGCAGCAGGAGAUGGGACCAACCGGUCCCACAUCCUGUUUGACGGCUUCGUCCAGGCGACCACGUGUAAGGGCACUCUCAAGGCCUUUCAGGAGCUGUGCGACCACCUGGACGUCAAGCCCACCGAGAACAAGGUCUUCUACCACAAGCUCAAGUCCAAGCUCAACUACUGGAAGGCCAAGGCGCUCUGGGCCAAGUUGGAUAAGAGAGCGAGCCAUAAGGAGUACAAGAAGGGCCGCGCUUGUGCCAACUCAAAGUGUCUGAUUAUUGGCGCGGGGCCAUGCGGCUUGCGUACAGCCAUCGAGCUGGCUUUCCUGGGAGCCAAGGUUGUGUUGCUGGAGAAAAGAGAUGCCUUCUCCAGAAACAACGUGCUGCACCUCUGGCCCUUUACCAUCCAGGACCUCCGGGGCCUCGGAGCCAAGAAAUUUUAUGGGAAGUUCUGCGCUGGGGCUAUUGAUCAUAUCAGUAUUCGCCAGCUCCAGCUCAUGCUGCUCAAAAUGGCUCUCCUGCUGGGCAUCGAGAUCCAUGUCAACGUUGAGUUCAAGGGGCUUAUCGAGCCCCCUCAAGAUCAAGAGACUGAAAAAAUAGGCUGGAGGGCUGAGGUCCACCCCAGGACACACCCUGUCAGUGAGCUGGAGUUUGAUGUCAUCAUCGGAGCAGAUGGAAGGAGAAACACGCUACCAGGGUUCCGGCGCAAGGAGUUCCGGGGAAAGCUUGCCAUCGCCAUCACUGCGAACUUCAUCAACAGAAACACGACGGCGGAGGCGAAGGUCGAGGAGAUCAGUGGCGUGGCCUUCAUCUUCAACCAGAAGUUCUUUCAGGAGCUCAGAGAAGCCACAGGUAUUGACCUGGAAAACAUCGUCUACUACAAGGACGACACGCACUACUUCGUGAUGACUGCCAAAAAACAGAGCCUGCUGGAGAAAGGAGUCAUUCUGCAUGACUACGCCGACACAGAGCUGCUGCUGUCCAGGGCCAACGUCGACCAGGCCGCCCUGUUGUCUUACGCGCGCGAGGCUGCCGACUUCUCCACCAACCACCAGCUGCCCACGCUGGACUUCGCCAUCAACCACUACGGGCAGCCCGACGUGGCCAUGUUCGACUUCACCUGCAUGUACGCCUCGGAGAACGCCGCCAUGGUGCGCCAGCGCAGCGGCCACAAGCUGCUGGUGGCGCUCGUCGGAGACAGUCUGCUGGAGCCCUUCUGGCCCAUGGGCACUGGCAUCGCCCGAGGCUUCCUGGCAGCCAUGGACUCUGGCUGGAUGGUGAAGAGCUGGGCUCAGGGUAGAACCCCUCUAGAGGUGCUGGCUGAGAGGGAGAGUAUUUAUCGUCUGUUGCCCCAGACUACACCAGAAAACGUCAGCAAGAACUUCAGUCAGUACAGCGUGGAUCCUACCACACGCUACCCCAACAUCAGCCCUAACUUCCUCAAGCCCAGCCAGGUGCGCCACCUCUUCGACACCGGGGAGUCGAGGGAGAUGCGGAUCGAGAUGGAGAACGUGAUCAACUCGUCGACGCCGAAGCUGGCCAGGAACGCCAAUUACGUGCUUGACAAGCAGUUGCAAGAAUCCAUAGCUCGAUCCAGUAAGCUUCUCAACUGGUGCCAAAGACAGACGGAGGGAUACAGGAAUGUGAACGUCACCGACCUUACAAUGUCUUGGAAGAGCGGGCUGGCCCUGUGCGCCCUCAUCCACCGCUACAGACCGGAUCUCAUUGACUUCGACUCCUUAGACGAGCGAGAUCAGGAGAAGAACAACCAGUAUGGCUUCGACGUGGCCGAGAGGGAGUUUGGCAUCUCUCCCUGCAUGACUGGCAAGGAGAUGUCUUCUGUGGUGGAGCCAGACAAGCUCUCCAUGGUCAUGUACCUCAGCCAGUUCUACGAGAUGUUUAAGGACACAGUGCCACCUGGAGAUAACCACAACCUCAGCCCGGAAGACAAGGCAGCACUGAUAGCCAGCACCAAGUCCCCCAUCUCAUUCCUAAGCAAACUUGGUCAGAGCAUAGCGAUAUCCAGGAAGCGAAACCCCAAGGACAAAAAGGAGAAGGAUGUAGACGGUUUGGGGAAGAGAAGGAAAACCAGCCAGUCUGAAGAAGAGGAGUUAACCCGGACGGGUCGUGACGACCGGACGUGCGAGAGGAAGAUGGACUCGGCCGCGGCGGCGAACAACAACAAGGUCAAGGUCAUGGCGACCCAGCUGCUCGCCAAGUUCGAGGAGAACGCUCCGGCGCAGCACGGCGGACUUAAGCGGCAGGGGGAGUCUCUGCCCAAUCUGGACCGCCUCUUCCCCCCUUCCCCACCCCAAACCCCUGUGACUAGGCCAGCGCGCCUGGCACCCGUCCCAGCGUGGAGAAAGAGACGCACGCAGCAGCAGGAGCAGCUGAGCUUUCGCUACAAGGAAAUGAUCAAGUGUCAGACGCUGCGCAGCAGAGGGGAGCAGGCCAGAGGUGGCGCAGACCAAGUGUCCAGCUCGGCCUCUCGGAGCUGCCCAAAGAAAACCGUUCUGCUCCCUUCCUCCUCCUCCUCCACCUCCUCGCUCUCUCUCCACUCAGAGCGUUUACCUAAAACUCCAGAGGAAGAGCAGCUUGAAUACUACGAGAGGCCUGUGACAAGCGAGGAGCGGAGGCCGCUACACCUGGCGGAUCCAGGGCCCAUUCACAUUCCUGGAAUACAGGAGAGGGCUCACUGCCUCAUCUCCAAGUUCAGGGGCAGAGCUGAGAAACCACCAAAGCCUAAAGAAAAGCCGUCCCGUUUCUUUUUAGAGCAGUGGUACACGUCCCGAGGUCUGAGUCCAGGGUCACCGCUCUCCUCUCCCGAGUCCUCCAGAAAGGAGCCAACGGGGCCUCCGCACUCUGCCGACCAAACGCCCUUGUAUGUGCUUAGUAUUCAGCAGAGGGCCGAGCUACUGGCCUCUCAGUUUGAGGGCAAGCCAGCGCCACAGCCCAAGAAAAAACCUUCCCGUUUCUUUAUGGAACAAUGGCACCUGGCCCGAGCCCAGGCCUCCCCCGCCUCCCCACCCUCCUCCUCUGACGCCCUGAGACAGCGCUAUGUAAAGAUGUACACAGGUGGGGUUAGCUCAUUGGCUGAGCAGAUAGCCAAUCAGCUUCAGUCUCAGGAAGAGCCCAAGCCCGUACCUGACAGGAGGGAGUUGGGCUCGCUCAAGAAAGAGUUCCCCGUCAACAUCGGCGGCAGCGACGUCUGCUUCUUCUGCCAAAAGCGGGUGUACGUCAUGGAGCGGCUGAGCGCCGAGGGCAAGUUCUUCCACCGCAGCUGCUUCAAGUGCGACUACUGCGGCACCACGCUGCGGCUGUCUUCCUACGCCUUCGAUGUGGAGGACGGGAAAUUCUACUGCAAGCCCCACUACUGUUACCGAGUGUCUGGCUAUGCUCAGAGGAAGAGGCCUGCUCCCUCCCCCGUUCCAAGUUCAGCUAAGGAGAACCAGGUGCCCCAAGCUCCUGCGACAACCGUGGAUGCCCCCGGGAGGGCGGCGGCGGCGUUGUCCCCCUCGGCCGAGCUCCAGCCCUCAGUGGCCGAGGUCAACGGCCUGCAGGAGCCCAGCCUCGCCAAGCGGCUGCGGGGGACUCCGGAGCGCAUCGAGCUGGAGAACUACCGCCUGUCCCUGCAGCGGGAGGAGGAGCUGGAGGAGGUGCCGGAGGAGACGCUGGCGGAGCACAACCUCAGCAGCGUGCUGGACAAAGGCACCGAUGCAGACCUGGGCUCCAGUAGCUCCGAGUCAGACAUGGAGGAGGAAGACGAGCAGGAAGACCCAGAUCAGGAGGAGGCGGAGCAGCAGCAGCAGCAGCACCCUCACAGCCCCUCGGACCUCGGCGGCGUUCCUUGGAAGGAGGCGGUGGAGCUCCACGCCAAACUGAGGGGCGACCCCGCCGACGAGGGGGAGGGCGAAUCCCUGGCCGACGCCAUCAGCAGGGACGGGGAGAUGGAGGAGGAAGUAGACGAGGAGGAGGACGAGGAUGAAGAGGAGGAGUCUAGCGACGAGGGGGAUUACUGCCCCUGGGAUAGAGAGCUCCAGUCAGGCCUUUGGCUGGAGAAGUACCUCACAGACGAAGAGGAUGUUAGUACAUUUAAAGUCAGAAACCUCCAGAUCCAGCAGGUCCUGCGGCCUGUGGAUCCCCAGGCCAUUCCAGGUUUGGUGAGAACACACCUGGACUCUGAGGGGGAGAAGGACGGCCAGCCGUCGGCCGCCUCUCAGCUGUCCCAGCCUUCUGAGCUCACACAGCCCUCCUCUACAGCCCCUGCCCACACAUCCGCCCGACACGAGGCAGUGAGAGUCUGGUUGGAGUCCAUGUCUGGAGAGCCCUGUGAAGAUGACGACCUGGAAGCAGAAGCAGACAGUCCAGAUGUGGAGCCUGGCACGGAGAUGGAUCAGGAUGACAUCCCUUCAGAUGCCGAGGCUGAGGCUCGUUUACACGCAUCGCAGCAUCCUGCAUCUCUACCUGAGGAAGACAAGAAGUCAGAGAGUUUAGGAAUGGCUUCCAGUAUUGAGCCCUCCAGUAUCAGCCCAAUCCAAAAAGAAGCCAUUGUCCUAUCACCCCUCCUCCCGCUACAAGAGACGCAUAUGAAAUCCCCAGGCGCUCGCUUUUUUUCAGACCCAUUCAUACCAGAGGAAACAAAGCCCGAGAGGACAACUCCGUCCCUGUCGGCCCAGAGUCCGCUGUGCCCUUCACCUGCUGCUCAGAGUCCUCAUUCUGUCCCGUCUCCUACCGUUGUCUUUUCUGCUGGUCCUGCCAGCGUACAGGCGGCGUCUCCUACCAGCAUGCACGCAUCAUCUCUCCCUAGUUUAACUACGGAAUUGCCCACCUCCUCCCUGUGUAAGCCGGCUACUGAACCACCUGUUGCAUCUCCUAAGUCUCCGGUCAUCUCCCCAAUUUGUGCCCAGCCCACCCCUUUGCCAGAAACGCACACCCCUAAAUCUCCGGUUUAUCCCCACCGCUCCAUUUGCCCCCUCACAGGCAACCCCCUCUCCCCCAUCUGCGCUCAGCCCUUGACCUGCCGCGAACCGUCCUCGCCUCUUUCCUCAGACUCUCCAGUAAGAACUCAGCCUAUCCCUGCGGUCACGUCAACGCCUGUGGCCAAAUCGGACGUGAGCACGCCCGAAACCUCGAAGUCCGAAGAGUCUUUAACGGAGGACACUCCGUCCAAGAAGACCGAUAUCAUUGAGGAAUUCUGGUUAAAGAGUGCCGAGAUAAGGAAGAGCCUGGGCCUGACUCCGCUGGACCGCAGUAGCAAAAUCUUAGAGAGGAGUGUGAUUAAGACUUCGAUGCAGGACCCUACUCCUGUCAAGAAACAGUCUCCAGAUAUGGCUGAGGAGCCGAAGCCUGCCUUCACUGGCCGCGCUGUCAUUCGCAGGAUUAACAUCACACUUGAAGGUCAGGUUAUUACUCCCAUUGUUCCUGUGGAGCCCAAGAGUAAUGGCUCCGAUAAGAGAGACCUCAGCAUCAGCUCGGGCUUGGGGUUGAACGGGAGCUUGGCCACGAGCCAGACAGCAAACAGUGGGAGCUACAAUACAUCGGACUCCGCCAUGCUCACCCCGCCCUCCAGUCCACCACCGCCCGUGCCUGCUAAUCAGUCUCCGGCUGUGCUCCGGCAGCAGAAACACCAGGCGUCGUGGGGCAACGGAACAGAGUCCGAACGUGCCAAAGAGCCGGCGAGGUCCAAGACUCCUGUUCCUGCACCUAGGACCCAACUGAGCCCCGUGUCUGCGCCCAAGCCCGCGCCCAGGAAAGUGUCAUCGCCGCAGGCCGAACCGACGGCGGCACCGGUGGUCGUCAUGAGGGAGAAGAAGAAGCCGCGGCCGGCGGAGGUGAGGAAGUCGUUCGUGGAGACGGUGGAGGAGAUCCCGUUCGCCGACGACGUCGAGGAGGCGUACGACGAGCGGACGCCAGACGUGAGCGUGAGCAGGUAUUACACGCCACCCAGCAGCAAGCCCAGCAGGGACAAACCGCCGCUGCAUCUGGCCCUCGCCAUGGAGAACGGUAGACCCAAUAUCCCUGUGAACUCCGCCUUAAAGAGCCAGAGGGCCACUCGGUUCUCUCCGGAGGCCAAGGAGAUCGCGGAGGAGAGGAUGAGGGCGAGGGAGAAGUCUGUGAAGAGCCAGGCUCUGAAGGACGCUAUGGCCAAGCAGUUAACUAAAAUGAAAGACUCGGAUCUCGAUAAAGGCGCCUCGCCCAAAGUCGCCUGGAGCGUCGCCCCAGAAGUUGCUGGGAAAAGUAAAAAGUCCGCAGUGUCUCCCAAGACGUCGGCCGUGAAAGCGCUGGAGUCCAAGAAGGCGGAGACUCUGCCCGAGCGUUUCUUCAGCAGCAACAAGAGCCUGGACAGCUCGGUGGCGUCGUCCGACGGCUCCUCCGCCGGCAAGAGCAAGAAACGCAGCUCCCUCUUUUCGCCGCGCAAGAAUAAAAAGGAGAAAAAGGCCAAGAACGACGGCAGCAGGCUGUCUGGCACGGACGAGACGCCGCCCAAGCACAAGUCGCUGUGGAAGGCCGUGUUCUCGGGCUACAAGAAGGACAAAAAGAAGAAGGAGGACAAGUCCUGCCCGAGCACGCCGUCCUCGAGUUCCACCACUCAGGACUCUGGGAAGAAGAAGAUGUCACCUGUUGGAAGGUCAUCAGAUUUGAAAUUGCGUCGAAACCUGAGUUUCUCCGAGGACUCGGACUUGUCCUGCGACGACGUUCUGGAGAGAUCGUCCCAGAAGUCAAAGGCAGAUCGCCACACGGACCUCUUUGACCUAGUGUCGAGCAUGCAGCAGGAAGCCGUAAAGGAGGAGAGACUUGAGAAGGAGAGGAGGAGGAGAGAGUUGAAGGAAAGAAAGAGGUUGAAAGAGAGGCUUAACGCAAUAGAGCGGGAGAAAGAUGUUGAUCGUGAGAAGGAGAAAGACGAAGAGGAGUCCGUUUAUGUCCCUCAUGCACUGGCGUUCAAGAGAUCGUACGCCACAAAGAAAACCUACACAGAGGAGGAGCUUAACGCCAAGCUGACGCGGAGGGUCCAGAAGGCAGCGCGGCGCCAGGCGAAGCAGGAGGAGCUCAAGAGGCUCCACAGAGCCCAGAUCAUCCAGAGGCAGCUGGAGCAGGUGGAGGAGAAGCAGAGGCAGCUGGAGGAGAGGGGCGUGGCCGUGGAGAAAGCUCUGAGGGGAGAAGCAGGGAUUUAUAAAGGUACAUAUACUUUACCCAAACAGCACAAAAGAAGAUCAGACUAUUGGGGAGAUUCUAAUUACAGUGAAAUCCUGGACUUGCAUCUGGGCGUUGAGCCCUUUGUGGGGAGGCCACGCCGAAGACCUUUCUCCUUCUGCCCCUGCUGUUCCCUGGAAGGCAUGGGCAAAAAGGACGACCCCAAGCUGAUGCAGGAGUGGUUCAAGCUGGUGCAGGAGAAAAACGCCCUGGUCCGCUAUGAAUCAGAGCUCAUGAUAUUCGCCAGGGAGCUGGAGCUGGAGGACCGACAGAGCCGACUGCAGCAGGAACUCAGGGAGCGCAUGGCCGUGGAAGACCACCUGAAGACCGAGCAGGAGCUGGCGCAGGAGAAGCAGAUCCUGAGCGAGAUGCUGGAGGUGGUGGAGCAGCGUGACGCCCUGGUGGCCCUGCUGGAGGAGCAGAGGCUGCGGGAGAAGGAGGAGGACAAAGACCUGGAGGCGGUCAUGCUCUCCAAGGGCUUCAGUCUGAACUGGGCUUAGCAGGGAAACCAUUGCUCAUCAGGUUCUGAGAACAGGGUCCGAUCGGGGGAAACGCCGCCGCAGGCGGCCGAACCCAAACGGUCACACCUGCAGCACUGAAUGUGUCGAAAGGUUCACAGACGCGUGCGAUUCCUCUGACGUGGAAGAAGUCUGCAACGUUUACAUGUCCUCUGCCCAACGGCGGCUGCAGUUAAUCACUCGGCGGCUUUCGCUUACGCUGCCUGUCUGCGGGCAGAGGGUACGUCCACGUCCCAGCCUUGAAGUGGGAGACGGAGACUCACUCAUUAUCUAAAAGGGAAGAAUGUGAGUUCAGUCCUGCUGAUGUAAAGAAUAGUGUUUUUUUUGUGUGUGUAAUUGUGUAGAGCGAGUCGCUUUUUUUUCAGCGGACGGAGAUGCCCUCGUUUUCUGAAAGAACUGCUGCAGAGGUGUGUUAAAUGCUGGAGUGAUGCCUCCAGGCUUAGUGUUUUUCAAUCUGACUCUAAGAAGGACAUCAUCUCUCUCUAGCGACUGACUUUUCACAUCCUUAUGAACCACAAAGACAUCACAAAAGGCUGCACUUCCUCUAUUGUUUUUUUUUUUUUACCCACAGGGUGUUUAAGUCAACACUAGGAAUCCAUUAAACAAGGCUGUGUAUUUUAUAUAUUUAUUUUUCUUAGCUUUUAACAGAACGUUUUUUUUUUUUUUUUUUUUUUUGCAUUCACAGGAGAGUGCCCAUAAUUUCACCAUCUUGCACUAUUGCGUAACUUUCACGCCCCAACAGGCCGUUGCACGUCAUGAAUUCAGGCUGCAGAUAUGACAUCCUGCAGUAUACAGUACUGUAUGUGAGCAUCAUUAAACAUGACCUCUCCCCGAGACGCCGUUGGUUCCGUUGGAAAUCGGUGCAUUUGUUUUAUGCCUUCCACUAUGGUAAAAUUGUUUAAAAAAAAAAAAAAGAAAAUGAAUCGUGGAGAGAACUGUAGUUGACCAUUCAGAUUCAUUUCUCCCACAUGUAACGGAGGUGGCAUCACUCACAUGGUGCCACAGGGAAGUCUGCGACAGAACACCGCAACAGCGGAAACACUACACAACACGUGCAUCAGUACAGGGCAGUGUUCAUAUUUCACUCUUCAACAAGAGGCCUUUUUCAUUGUCAUUCUCUGUACUUAUGUUUUAUUUUUUUGAGUUUACGUGUUUUUGAACUAGUCCCACUGGAACUCAAGGUUGUUUCUUUUUGUUUGUUUUUACAGCAGGUCCUAAAACCAACAAAUCGUUUUAGAUGGGAAGCCUAUCGGAUGCAAGGUGCUUUACAAACCUUCAUCAAACAGGAAGUCAACUCGAAAAGCCUUUUAGUCAACUGUAUAGAACAAAAUACACGAGUCCAGGUGGUCACUGCUUUACAGCAUGGAAAAUCUAGAGGUUCUAUUUAUGACUUAGAGCUGUGAAUAAAAGAACUUACAUAAUUUUAAGGGUUGUUUAAGGUGGCGUGUGUUACGUUUGACAUGAUUGUAUUGAUAUUUAUUAACAUGUGUGCAAACUGUAUAAUAUGUAAAGAAGAUGAAUCCUAAUUUUUAAACUGUUCUGUUGACACAUGAUCUGUAAUGUAAAUGCUUUAUGUAGCUAAAUGCAUAAGGACAUUGGAUGUAUGCUGAAAUGGCAAUAAAACCAUGCAGUUGCUUUUUUCAA